CGCGUGAGCGGCUGUCAACGGGCCAGCUGAGCGCAGAAGAGUGAACAGCGAACUGGGCUAGAAGUUCAGCAGACCAGCACAACCAACGCAAGGAAACUUUGACAGCGGACCCUAUUUUAUCCAACUUCUAAAGCAUUUGUAGGCUAAAGGUUGUGGAUUGUAGGCCUACCUUUAGUGAAUCGGUGAAUAGGCUGUACAAUCCUUGGCAGUGUUCUGAGACUGUACAGCUGCCUACUGCUUCUGAAAGACAACUUGCAUCUGAAAUGGACUGUGCGUAAAGAGCAGAGAAAUUACAUCAUCUCGAUUUGACUUUCAAUAUUCUUCAUUGUGUAUGUUAUCUGUUACUUGAAAAUUGUUGCAUAAGUGGACUGAUUCGGACUUUCGGGGGAAAUUCCAUUUGUCACUGAACUUUGCAAAAGAAAACAUGACGGCUGAUAAGGACAAGAAAAGGAGCAGUUCGGAGCGGCGGAAGGAGAAGUCUCGUGACGCGGCACGCUGUCGUCGAAGUAAGGAGACAGAGGGGUUUUACGAGCUGGCCCAUCAGCUGCCCCUCCCACACAGUGUCAGCUCCCACUUGGACAAAGCCUCCAUCAUGAGACUGGCCAUCAGCUUCCUGCGCACCCGCAAGGUCGUCGGCCCAGGCUGCUCCAACGGUGCAGAGACAGAGGAGGACAGACAGACGGACAGUAUGUAUUUGAAGUCACUGGAGGGGUUUGUCACCGUGGUUACAUCAGACGGCGACAUGAUCUUCCUCUCAGAAAACAUCAACAAGUUCAUGGGCUUAACACAGGUAGAGUUGACUGGACAAAGCAUCUUUGACUUCACCCACCCCUGCGACCACGACGAGAUUCGCGAGAACCUGAGUCUAAAAAAUGGCACUGGGAAGAAGGGGAAAGCCUUGAGCACUGAGAGAGACUUCUUCAUGAGGAUGAAGUGCACAGUGACAAACCGUGGACGCACUGUCAACCUGAAAUCAGCAAGCUGGAAAGUUCUGCACUGCACUGGCCACCUGAAGGUGUACAACAGCUGCGCCCCUCAUGGGCUGUGUGGGUUCAAGGAGCCUCCUCUCACCUGCCUGGUGAUGAUGUGUGAGCCCAUCCCCCACCCUUCCAACAUCGACACGCCCCUGGACAGCAGGACCUUCCUGAGCCGCCACAGCAUGGACAUGAAGUUCACCUACUGCGACGACAGAGUCACUGAGCUGAUGGGCUACAGUCCUGAAGAUCUGCUGGGCCGCUCUGUCUAUGAGUUCUACCACGCCUUGGACUCUGACAGUGUCACCAAGAGCCACCAGAACCUGUGCAGUAAAGGUCAGGCAGUGAGUGGACAGUAUCGUAUGCUGGCCAAACAUGGAGGCUACGUGUGGGUUGAGACCCAGGGCACAGUCAUCUACAACAGCCGGAAUUCCCAGCCGCAGUGCAUCGUCUGUGUCAACUACGUCCUCAGUGACGUGGAGAACAAGUCCAUGAUCUUCUCCAUGGACCAGACUGAGUCUCUGUUCAAGCCCCACCACAUGAACAGCUUCUUCACCCAGAGUGGUGCUGCAGUGGCCGCGGAGCCCAUCAAGACCCUGUUCACCAAACUCAAAGAGGAGCCAGAAGACCUUGCUCAGCUGGCCCCCACACCUGGAGACGCCAUCAUCACCCUUGACUUUGGAAGGCCACCGUUUGAGGAGCCUCAUCCUCCUCUUUACCCCAAGAUGUCUCCCCUGCCCCCUCCGGCCCCCCAGGGCUGGGGCAGUGAUGCCCACAAGCCCUGCCCGGCAGGAGACAUGUCCACCCACAUGGCUGCCACCUUCUCAGUGCCCCAGAACCCCACACCAGGCAGCGCCACCCCCAGCACUGCCCCCCCUAGCCUGAGCAGUUGUUCCACGCCCAGCAGCCCAGGGGAUUACUACAGCGAGAGAGAGAGUGACCUGAAGGUAGAGCUGACUGAGAAGCUCUUUGCUCUGGACACAGAGGGGCCCAAGAGCCCCGGCAGCACCCAGUCAGCCCUGAGUGAUCUGGACCUGGAGACCCUGGCUCCCUACAUCCCCAUGGACGGAGAAGACUUCCAACUCCACCCCAUCAUUACUGAAGAGGCCCCUGGAGGCCCCGAGGGGGCCGCUGACCAAAUGGGACACCGCACCACACAGAACGGGUUCAGCAACAUCGCCAGCCUCUUCCAGCCCCUGGGAUCCCCACAGUCUGCCCACUACCAGCCCGCCAAGUGGGCCCCAGGAGACAAGAGAGGCCCCAACCACAGUGAAAUGAGCCCCAUGGACUCCAGGUCUACACUGCCCUACACAGGCCCUGCACAGAUCACCCCCUACCACACCCUAGCCAGCACCCCUUUGUCCUCCAUGGGCGGACGUCAGAACCUGCAGUGGCCCCCCGAUCCCACGUUACACUACCAACAACAAGUGGACGCCAUGGGCGGAAGCCACUCAUGUCAGAACAUGCCAGUCAACAGGAUGCACAAGCAGAGGUCAAUGGAGAACUUUGUCCAGGCCUACAGAGACAUGAGUCCUGCUAGAAUCGCCUUAGCCAACAACUUCAAGCGCUCCUUCACGCAAAUGGCAGUGGGUGACACCACUCUGAGUACGCCAUCAGAGAUGAUGUGGAAAAGGAUGAGGAAUGAAAGCUGUGCCAUCCUGGAUAGAUCUCUCAGCACCAGCUCACUGGCAGAUAAAGAUAUGUGCAUACAUGGGGGUGUUGACCAGUGUCUCAGCCCCCUUCAACGGCACAGGAAGUCCCAGUAUCCAGGAUGUGGAAACAGUGCACCUAAAAAAGCCUUCCCCGAACAGUGGUGCAACUACAGAGAAUACCGUAUGCUGCCCUCUCCCAAAACAGAGGGGGUUGCCAGUCGGCUGUUGGGCCCGUCCUUUGAGACCUAUUGUCUGCCAGAGCUCACCCGCUAUGACUGCGAGGUCAAUGUCCCUCUCCAAGGCAACCUGCACUUGCUGCAGGGCAGUGACCUACUGAGAGCCUUGGACCAGGCCACCUAGACCCAGCCCUUCACCCCCUACUCUCCUACCCUACCCUCCCCUGGACCAGGCCACCUAGACCCAGCCCUUCACCCCCUACUCCCCUACCCUACCCUCCCCUGGACCAGGCCACCUAGACCCAGCCCUUCACCCCCUACUCUCCUACCCUACCCUCCCCUGGACCAGGCCACCUAGACCCAGCCCUUCACCCCCUACUCCCCUACCCUACCCUCCCCUGGACCAGGCCACCUAGACCCAGCCCUUCACCCCCUACUCUCCUACCCUACCCUCCCCUGGACCAGGCCACCUAGACCCAGCCCUUCACCCCCUACUCUCCUACCAUACCCUCGCCUGGACCAGGCCACCCAGACCCAGACCUACACCCCCUACUCCCCCGACCCACCCACCCUACCCUACCCUGGACCAGGCCACCUAGACCCAGCACUACACCCCCUACUCCCCUACCCACCCUACCCUGGACCAAGCCACCUAGACCCAGACAUAUACCCCCAACCACCCUACCCUACCCUACCCUGGACCAGGCCACCUAGACCCUGACAUAUACCCCCAACCACCCUACCCUACCCUCCCCUGGACCAGGCCACCUAGACCCAGACAAAUACCCCCUCCCGUACUUUAUCUUACCCUACCUAGACAUAGCCCUCACCAACUUCACCUCUACCCAUCCUUACCCUCCAAUAGUCUUAGCCAAUACACCCUAGACUAACACCUCUCUACAACACUGACUGACACCUCAGCCAAGCCCCUUCCCCUGUCCUAAAGUCCUGGCACAUCUAACAUAGUACUACUCCACCACGCCCCACCCACCCAUCCUACCAUACCAAGCCCCAUACAAACCUGUUUCAUCAUCAAAGCCACACAUACCCUGCCUCCUCCUAAUCCCUCCACCCUACUGCCCAUAUGUAUCAUUAGAAAAAUGUGUGGCUUCUGUUCUAUUUUUGUUGUCUUUAUCAUAAAUUAUAUACAUGUAUCAUUUUUAGUUAUUAGUCUAUUUCUGUUAAAAGAUUUGAUCUGUUUCAGUGUUCUCAAGCUCUAUUCUGUCCCCCAAAUUGUGUGAUCUGUAGCAUACUUUUCUUCUUUCACUGUCUGUCUGUCUGUCUGUCUGUCUGUCUGUCUGUCUGACAAUAUGACGCUGUCACAGACACACUAACAAACAAAACAGUCUGAAAUCCAGAUUAAACUUCACCGAAUGUAAGCAUAAUAUCCAGGGUUUUUUUUAUAUACUUUUUUGUUGUUCUUUUACUACCCUUUCCCAUUCCUUACUGUCUAGUUUCCUUCAGUCACUGGUGUCUGUUUGCAUGCUUCUCUUGUUUCCUCAGUGUGAGCUCUCUGGAUAGUUACAGUGCUUGUCAGGCCAUGACGUUGAUUGGUCAAAUCAGAGCGUGCCCCAACAUAGGGAGGAGAGUGCUAUUUUUGGUACCUUUUUCAUGGCAUUAGAAGUCAUAUCAGAAUCAGAGAGACUUUGGCCUAGAUCACAGGAGGCUGGUGAGGGGAGGACGGCUCAUACUAAUGACUGGAAUGAAGUGAAUGGGAUGGUAUCAAACACAAUAAAACCAUGUGUUUGAUGUGUCAAUACCAUUUCAUUCAUUCCAUUCCAGCCAUUACUAGGAGCCCAUUCACCUCAAUUAAGGUGCCAGCAGCCACCUGUGGCCUAGAUUCACUAAGAUCAAGCGUUAACCGGUGACAGCCGAGACCUGCAUAGCUGGUGUUUUAGCGGUGUCGCAGGUUUAACUGCGUUACAGCUGUUAAAUAAGAGAGGUUGCUCGUGUGGUCAUUGUCACGAAGCCACACCGGUCCCACUCGCAUUACAAGUUCAGAACGAGUAUGUCUAGGUUAUAUAGAAAUUACAUCACACUCAAAUUGAGAAUCAUUAAACGAAAUAAUUAGGAUUUCUAUCAGCCUAAUCGAGGUGUAAAUUAAAUAUCACAUUCCAGUGUUUGAACUUGUAAACAAGUUGUAAACAAGGCUGCAUGGGAUUUCUCUUAAUGCGACUCCGUGUAGCCAAUGGCAAUGUCUGCCCUUAGGUAUAAUGCCGGGAGCCGCUUGUGGAUUUGACCACCUCCGACACCGCCAAAACAACUGCUAUGCAGGUGUCGGCUGGCCCUUAGUUUAAGAGAUGGCAACUCGCUAUCGACAUUGAGACUCUUUUUCUGUAUUCCUUCUCUUUCUUUCUAUUUCCUUCUCAUUUUUAGGUAUUUGUCUUUGUGUGGUGACCACUUAAAAGUUUGAAUUUAGCUUUGUACACACAUAUAUGUAUUUAAAGACAGGAGCUAUAAAGUUUCUACUAUAAUGUCAAGAUAGUGUUUUAGUGUUUAUGUGCCUUGGUACUUUGUCUUAUCUACCCAGUAGAUGCAGAUUGUAUUCCUGUGUUUUAGAUGUUACUCCAUAGUGCUGGUGUCUGUUUUGUUUUGUUUUUAAGUGGAAUUCUUUCAGAGUGUAUGCACAAGUAUAAUGAAAUUGUUAGCAGGCCAGUACUGAUCUGUUGUUGCGCUUUAAAGAAAAAAGAAAACGGAGAGGAAAAAAAUUAUACAAUUUUCUAAGUUCCACUUUUGACAUGUAGCAUUUUGAAUAUUGUUAACAAAAGAAAUUGACACAAAAGUAAUAUCUUUCAACAGUAUCUAAACAGGUGAUGGUGCUUUAUAGAUAUAACCAUCUUGCAUUUGUAGAGGCAACUUUAUAUGUUUCAUGGAUCCACUUUCAGUAACAAUGUAUUUUGAUGUUAUUGUUUAUUUUUCUUGCUGAGAUUGUCUUUAAAGGUGAUUCCUAACAGACAUGAUGUGCCUUAACAUUGCCUUAAGGUUGUCUCAAUGUUGAUUCAGCCCAGUGUUAUGCCCUUCAAAUGCACAGAUUGUAGACGUAGACGUACAGUAGAUUGUCCAAUAAAACUACACUAGCCUAUACAAAUCCAGAUGUUUAGCUUGGAGAGCUCUAGUGUCAGAUCCAGUAUGUUGAGUAGAUGUAAUUAGAAGUCCAGUCCAAACAGAGAGACGCUCUAAAGGAGAGAAUUCUAGAAAGAUGAAGAAUCAGAUUCAGCACAUGGACCUAUGUGUCUGGGACCGUGUUGAUUUAAUGCGGGUUUAGGUUGUUAAGAAACCAGAGGCUGUAAUGUGGUGUAGAAGGGGGGUAAAUUAGUGAGGGUGAUACACUAAACACUGUAAAGACCAAUCGUCAAAUACUCAGGCACUUCCCUUGACAGCUUGGUAGAACAUGUUUUGUCAAUACAAAAAUCUCAAAAUUAAAACUGUUGAAUCUAAGAUUAUUUCUGGGUUAGACGGCGCAAUAGUUAAAUAUAGACUUAGAGCAAUGGGUGGCAGAUACCUGUUGAAACCUGUUGAAACAGAUGCAGGUGGUGAUAGAGCUAUGAGACAGAGACGGAGAUAGAAGUGAGAUGGAGAACUGAGGGACAGAUAGAGAGGGACUGUGGUGCUGAACUGUGACUGACAGAGAGAGAUACAUCCUGCUCAGCCUGCCCACUGAUGCACUGAUCUCUUCACACGCUACUUCACUCAGUAGUCAGCUCAUCUCUCUCUCUCGGUCUCGCUCUCUCUCUCUCCCCCCCUCUCUCUCAUCCCUCUCUCUCUUUCUCUUUCCCUCCCACGUUCAUUUUUUAGGUACAUCCCUGCCAAGUUUAGCCACCUUGUCAACCCUAGCACAUUCUAACAAAGACAAAACAUUGCUUCCACUGUUAAUGGAAAUAUAUCGACACAGUGAGUUCCUCCAAAGACAUGAGAAAAAAUGCUCCUUGUUUUCGUUGAGCCAAAGUGAAUGGAAUGUGGGACGUUUCCUCAAAUUACCCACGUCCCAGAUAAAUUAAACACAAGGAUAAAAUGUUAGGAUGUAUAAUUGUAUGUGUUUAUUUAUUAUGUGGGAACAAUGACAAAUUACAGAUAGUUAGAUCAGACCACUCCAUUAGCUGACAAGUAUCUGGUUUUGGUCCCUAUAUGCGCUGUCUAAAACCCCCAGAUAUGCAGUAUUUAACAUGAAAAAGUAAGCAAAAAUCCCAUGCUUUGCAUUUGUUAUAUUAAACUUAUAUGAGAUUAAA